AUGUCGUCUACGUCCCCUCUUGUCCGUUUGGCUGGGAAUGCUUCCGCGGACAUGAUGUCCCGGACGUUCGCCGCAACAAAGGGCAUCAAUUCCAUGUUGGAAAACUACGAGCGACUGGAGCGGGCGAGAAAUGAUACGGAUGUCGCUAUUGCAAACUCCGAAAGCAAUAAAACUUCCGCGACGCUCAGGGAUUCUGAUGGUCCUACGCGGGUACCUCUAUCCUCGCCCUCCUCGAAUCUCCGUCGGACCUUUUUUGAUGAGGUCGCACUGGAUUUGCCAGCAGUGACUCACCCUCUGGAAUACGCCAGAAUGGCGUAUAAGGUAUUGUAUAGGGAAUACGAGGAAGCGGUGAGGGCUCGGGACUUUUUGCUGCAGGUCCGCUCUCAUGCGGAGGUAGUGUUUGAAAGUCCGGUUAGGUUAGGUUAUUGGGUGCCCAGGGGCUCUAACCGAGACCGAGACCGGUUAGGGUUCGUUCCCAGACCCAAAAUAACCUAA